AUGACCGACCGAAUACCACCACCGCCCCCGCCGCAAACCGCGGCCGCGGUCGCCGCCGCCAAUGCAUCUGUCGCACCUACCUUUGCCGAGGCGCAACGCCGGCUCGCCGCCCGUCGAAGCGAACGCGCGGCCGCUGAGGCGGCACACCGCGCACAAGUCGCCGCCACAGCUGCCGCCCAACGGGAAGCAUCAGCGGCGGCCCUGCGUGCACGGCUCGAUGCUGGUGGGCCGUUCACCUCUUCCUCGUCGCCCCUCGUCCGUCGGCUCGGCGGCACGGCGCUCGUCGCCUGGGACGGUGUCAGCCGCGCGGCAUCAACCAUCAGCUCCACACUCCACGGCGGCGGCGACUCGCGGACGAUUGAAGUGGCCGGCACCAGCGGUCAGCGCCCCGCAUUCCGCGUCAGCCAGGUCGAUGCCGAGCUGCUCGACGAGGAGCUGCUGGACCUGCUGCGCGGCCAGGUCGCCGAUGCGCUGAAAUACAUCCGCGGCGGCACCCUGCAAGACGACUGGCAGCCCGAGAUCAUGCUUCUGCUGCGAGCCGCACUUUUCAAGCUGUCCGUGUGGGACCACGACGCGACGUACGGGGCGGCGCUGCAGAACCUGCGCUACGCCGACGCACGCGCAACCCGUGGCACGCGCGGCGCCAUUGCCGCCGCGGUGCCUGUCCCGCCGUCGAAAUGGCAAAAGGCUGCGUACGGUCUCGUGACGGUAGGCGGGCGCUAUGCAUGGACCAAGUGGGAGGACUGGCUGCGGGACCACAACGAGGAGGCAGACGUGGGCUUCGGCUACGAUCAUGGAGACAGCGGCACCAACGACAGCAGCAGCAACAGCUCCGACAUCCUAUCUUUCCUACGCGGCCGGUUACGUCUCUCCUUGUCGCCAGAGAGAAUCAGGCGUCUGGCACGCGUCACGUCCGUCGCCUCCGACCUCUACGCGGGCGCCGCGUUCGUCUCCUUCCUCGUCUUCUUGCGCUACGGCCGCUACCGCACGCUGCUCGACCGCAUCCUGCGCAUGCGUCUUGUGCCGCCCACGAGCCAGGUCAGCCGCGAAGUCUCGUUUGAGUACCUCAACCGUCAGCUCGUCUGGCACGCCUUCACCGAAUUUCUGCUGUUCCUGCUGCCGCUCGUCGGCAUCAACCGCUGGCGCCGCUGGCUCACCCGCACCUGGCGCAAGACCAAGAGUGCCGUCGCCAAGGCCUCGACGGCCGUCAAAGGACAGGCGGGCGAGGACGAAGUCGGUGCCGGUAGCAUUGAGAAAACUGGCGAGUACGCCUUUUUGCCUGAGCGCACGUGCGCCAUCUGCUACCAGGACCAAAACGCCGCCACCUCCGAAGCCGACAUCAUGGCCGCCGCGGCUGCCUCGAGCGGCGUCAUUGGCUCGGCGGAAACCGACAUCACCAACCCCUACGAGGCGGUCCCCUGCGGCUGUGUCUACUGCUAUGUAUCCCUGGCGACGCGCAUCGAGCGCGAAGAGGGCGACGGCUGGACGUGCCUGCGGUGUGGUGCACUCGUCACCGCCUGCCGGCCGUGGAAUGGUGACGUGCUGGAGCCGGCGUCCGGACUGGCUUUGGCGGGUGGUGGUGCUGCGACGGCCGACGCGCGCCCUUCAUCGUCAUCGACAAACUUACCGGGCUCGCCGUCGUACACGCAAAAGACGGUCGGUUUUGCUGAUGACGUCAAGGGUGAGGAUGAGGAUGAGGACGAGGAGGAGGACGAAGAUGAGGACGACGACGAAUCCUCAAACGACGAGAUCCAGAUCGGCGAGGCUGAGGAGGACGACGAAGAUGACCAAGUCGAAGACGAUGCGGAAGAAGACGACGGCGAGGAAAGCGCCGACAUCACGGACGCUGAGUCCGAGGCCUACGAGGAGGACGAGGACAGCGUCGAGGGCGAGCUAGGUGACGACCUUGAGGAGGCGUGA